UGUAAUAUACCGCCUCUGGUUGGCUGCUAUGAUGAUCGCCGAGAUCAUCCCACCAGUAAAAAUAACUUAUAUAUUCAACAGAAUUCACAGUCACGUAUAUUUGAUAGCUCUCACCAUAUUGAUUUAAUAUUGUUAUACCCUUCAACGUUUCUCAUAUUCUUCUUUCCACAUCAUACCACCAUGACACGCCCAUUUAAGCCUCCCCCGCUGGCCAGAGAUACUACUGGAUUUCGAUGCAAUUCGCUCCGCGCGUAUGCAUGGAAGCAAUGGACAAUGUUUGAAGCCACUUUUGCCAUAUGUGGUCUGGAACCUUGGGAGAAACUUGUUUUCGUGAUUGUUAUGUCUCUACUCACUUUCCUAUUCUUCACCGGCCUGUCUCGGGUAAUACCCAGUCAGAUCUCACUACUACCUCGCAUUGCAUACUAUCUUUGGGGCGACGAACGGGUACUAAAUCACUGGAUGGAUCACGCGGCAGCCAGUGUGAAGGAGCUAUAGCGUGAGGUUUUUGAUUGGCAGGGUGGAUGUGGGUAUACUUUACGUUGUCUGGGUUGAGGCACAGGGGGAGCAUGACGUUUGCCUGCCAGGUCCUCCUCGAGAUUGAAUUCGCUAUUGUCCAGCUGUAUUAUGUCUCUCGUACUUUAUUCUUCUAUCAUUUGUCUUAUGGAUUCCCCACUCGCGUAACUUUAUUUU